AUGUUUGUUUAUAUUUUGUUAACGAUUAUUAUGUUUUUAAUACUUUUACAUAUAUAUUUUCGAUAUAGUCGUGAAGGUAAACUUAUGGCGAAGAUUCCUGGACGGAAGGGGCUAACCUUUUUUGGAAAUGCUUUCGAAUUUUUAAAGUCUCCCGAGGAAACGUUUCAAUUAUUGCGCAAGACCAAUAAAAUAUAUGGUGAUUUCAACAAGCUUCAAGCUUUUGAUAUGAGAGCGAUUAACAUUUACAAUCCAGAUGACGUUGAGAAAUUACUUUCAUCGAACCGUUUUACUAAGAAAUACCUGCCUUAUACAUUUUUGGCUCCCUGGCUUUCUCAAGGAUUAGUUUUAAGCAAUGGGGAGAAAUGGCGAAAACGAAGAAAAUUGCUUACAACUGCCUUUCACUUUAAUAUUCUUAAACAGUUUGUACAAACCUUUGUUCAUGAAUCGGAAUUCUUCUUUGAUGAGUUAGAUAAAGAAGAAAUUGGUAAAGAAAAGACUGAUCUGCACCCAUUGCUAUCGUGGACGCUGCAAAAGGUUAUGUUUGCAACUGCAUUCGGCAUAACAAAACAUGAAGAUUUGAAAUCUGUGACAAAAAUAUAUUUCGAUUCGGUCCUAUCGUUUUGUAAUACUGCAACGUAUCGUGCGACCAGACCUUUACUGUACCCUGAUAUAAUUUUUAACUUAACUAAAACAGGAAAACAACAAAGGAAAGAUAUCGAACACUUACAUAAACUUACUCAUAGUAUAAUACAUGAAAGAAAAGAGUUUAUACGGAAUAAUAAUGUAGUCGAAAAUGAUGAUUAUGAAAUAAUAGGACAGAAAACUAGAUCAGCAAUGCUAGAUUUGUUACUUGAAAAGGAAAAGGAAGGUGAAAUAUACUACGAUGGAAUAAGAGAGGAAGUGGAUACAUUCACAUUUGGGGGUCAUGAUACAUGUGCUGUGGCGCACAACUUUUUGAUUAUGAGAAUCGCAAACGACCCAAGAGUACAGGAUUUGAUUUAUGAAGAACAGCAAAGAAUAUUCGGGGACAGUUGCAGACCGCUUACUAUAGAAGAUUUGAACGAGAUGAAGUAUCUAGAAUGCUGCAUCAAAGAAUCGCUGAGACUUCAUCCGAGCGUGCCUGUUAUUGCCAGAUACAUUACAGAAGACGUCAUCCUUAGUGGACACACAGUACCUGCGAACAGUAUUAUCUUAAUCCAUAUUUACGAUUUGCAUCGACGUCCAGAAAUAUACCCUGAACCUGAGAAAUUUAUACCAGAACGUUUUCUACCUGAAAAUUCAAUAAAUCGACAUCCUUACGCCUACAUACCAUUCAGUGCGGGACCCAGAAACUGUAUAGGACAAAAGAUGGCUAUGUUAGAAAUGAAAACCUACAUGUCGGGAUUGAUGCGUCGCUUCCGACUGCAGCCCGUCACUAGACCAGAAGACCUUGUCUACAAAUUAGACGUUAUGUUGCGAACAACAAAACCUAUUUACGUGAAACUAUUGUCAAGAAAGUAA